AUGGAGAGGACUGCAAUAGAGAUUACAGGCGGCACGACGGAAUGGACAAGCAGGCUCAGCCUGAAGAAAGCGAUGGAGAGGUAUGGCGAGGUUAUUGGUUGCCAUAUUGGACAGCGUGGUGUGGACAAGCCAGUGGUGCGGUAUGUUACGGGCGAAGUGGCCCAGGCCGCCCAUGAAGCACUCAGGAAGGGCGAGAUCGUGCUGGAUGGCAUGGUGCUGCAGGGUGACUGGAAGCCUGACCGGCCCAGGCCACCGCCUGAGCCUGCGAAGCCACGGGAGAGCGUCAUGGAGAUGACGAGCCGUGAUUUUCUGACAGGCAUGCGAGCGCGUGGUGAUCGCAGCCGUAGCCGGGACCGCCGGCGUCGAAGCAGAAGCCGCGAUCGCCGCCGACGGUAA